CACGGCCCCGCCCUCACGGCGCCGGAAGUGGAGUGCGGCGCUGCACCGCGCGCUGUCAGUUUCUGUGACUUGGAGUCCGCGCGGUCGCACGACACAGCAAGACAUCGCGUGUGGUUCUCGGUCCUUUGCGCUCCGCGGUCCGGAGGGCACCAUGGAUGACAAGGAGUUAAUUGAAUACUUUAAGUCUCAAAUGAAAGAAGAUCCUGAUAUGGCCUCAGCAGUAGCUGCCAUCCGGACUUUGCUGGAGUACUUGAAGAGAGAUAAAGGGGAGACAAUCCAGGGCCUGAGAGCGAAUCUCACCAGUGCCAUAGAGACCCUGUGUGGCGUGGACUCUUCUGUGGCCGUGUCCUCAGGCGGGGAGCUCUUCCUGCGCUUCAUCAGCCUUACCUCCCUGGAAUACUCUGAUUACUCCAAAUGUAAAAAGAUCAUGAUUGAGCGGGGAGAGAUUUUUCUCAGGAGAAUAUCACUGUCGAGAAAGAAAAUUGCAGAUAUGUGCCAUACUUUCAUCAAAGAUGGGGCGAGAAUACUAACUCACGCCUACUCCAGAGUGGUCCUGAGAGUCUUGGAAGCAGCCGUGGCAGCCAAGAAGCGUUUCAGUGUAUACAUUACAGAGUCACAGCCUGACUUGUCAGGUAAGAAAAUGGCCAAAGCCCUCUGCCAUCUCAAUGUCCCCGUCACUGUGGUCCUGGAUGCUGCUGUUGGCUACAUCAUGGAGAAAGUGGAUCUUGUCAUAGUCGGCGCUGAAGGAGUUGUUGAAAACGGAGGAAUUAUUAACAAGAUUGGAACCAACCAGAUGGCCGUAUGCGCCAAAGCACAGAACAAGCCUUUUUAUGUUGUUGCAGAGAGUUUCAAGUUUGUACGGCUCUUCCCACUAAAUCAGCAAGACGUCCCAGAUAAGUUUAAGUACAAGGCAGAUACUCUGAAGUCUGUGCAGGCUGGACAGGACCUCAAAGAGGAGCACCCAUGGGUUGACUACACCGCCCCUUCGUUGAUCACACUGCUGUUCACGGACCUGGGGGUGUUGACGCCCUCGGCAGUCAGCGACGAACUCAUCAAGCUCUAUCUCUAACCUCUGGCCCUUUCCUGAUGCUUCUGGAGAUCCAUCUGGAAUGCAGGGAAUAGGAAGGGAGGGGCCGGGGCACGUCUUCCUCUUUCAUCAGUCAAGUAGCCAAUAAUCUAACUUGUAUGUCUGGAAACUGGAAAUGAAUGAAAGCUGAUGAAGUUGGGAGCAGCCUCUUGACCUCUCAGUGAGCCCAGGCCAAAACUGAAUUUUUUAUGAAGUUUUAUGGACUAAGGACUUAAAAGUAUAAGCCUUAGAGAAUUUUUUAUUCAUUUAAGUCCCAUCUAAGGUAUGUUCUUGGAAUUCAGCUGUGGUGCAACAGGAUCGGCGGCAUCUCUAUAGCAGUGGGACACAGGUUGGAUCUUGGAUCCCCAGCCUGGCACAGUGGGUUAAAGGAUCCAGCUUUGUGGCAGCUGCCUCAUAGGUCCACAACUGCAGCCUAUGGCCAGGGAACUCCAUAUGCCCUGAAGCGGCCAAAAAAAGAAAAAAACAAUGUUCAUGUUUCCCCUAAAAUGGAGCCUAAAGUGUGCUUACAUUUUUCUGGACACUUUUUCAUUUCUGGUUUUCAGAAAUACAAGUUAGAUUACUAACUAAUGAAAGAUGUGCCCAUCCCCACUCCCUUCAUCUUCCAGAUACUCCAGACUCAUCUGCCAAAAGCAUCAGUGAAAGACCUGCAGCCCUGAGAGAGCAGGAGUCCUAACAGCAGCUGUCAGCUGCCUGGGACACAGGCUGCACUUCGUGUGAUAUGAGAAAGGCAGGUAACGCUGCAUCUGCAUGAGGCUCCUAGUGGUAGAUACAAGCCGGGGCUGUCUUCUCUGCAAAAAGAACAAGUCAAAUGGAGUAGAAACUACUGUGAGAACCCACAGCAGGCAAAGCAGGCAAAGUACCAUGCAUGGCUCAACCACUGACAUAUCUGCAAACUUAAACUCUUAUAUGAAUUUAAACACAACUGGGUUCUGAACAGCUUUUUUAAAACUGUUCUUGGGAACAAAUUCACGUCUUUUCAAAUAAAUUGUAUGAAAGAUUUUGA